UCGCUGCUUCGUCGGCCCUUCUCGCCAAAGGAAACGCAGCCCAGGAAGCAACAGCCUCAUCUCCCCCCCUCCCAAGAACUCCCCUCUCUGCUCCAAGCUCCGGCCCCCAAUCUCCUGCAGAUUUCUCCCCCGCGAAUCGCCGGCGGAGCAGCGGAUCUGCGAGCAUUCUCUCGCCCCCUUCGGUCUCCUGGCGGCGCACGGGCGACCAUGGCCUAGGGUUUUGCUCUCGCCCUCUCUCGCUGAACUGCUGGGAACCCGGCGCCGCUGGGCUAGACCGUGCCGGCGGCUGAGCUAGGGCGUGUUCGGGGCAGGUCGGGCGUGGCGGCGGCUGGUCGGGGAAGCAAGUCGGGCCUGGCGGCGCGCUGACCUGGGAUAGGAGGAGGGCCACGAGUGUUUGCGGCGGCAAGACCGGCAACCGGCAGCAGGACCUCCUCUGCUUCAGUUUCGGCUUCUGGUGGUUCGUUGCUCCGAAUCCUGAGGAUAACGAUGGAUCAGGAUAAGGAAUCAAGACCCUCAAGGUCACCCAGUGAGCCAAACUUAUUCCUGCAAUGGGGCAGCCGGAAGCGGCUUCGCUGUGUCAAGACACGCGAAGAUGGCUCGCCAUCACCAGCUCGGUCUGAUGUGCUUAGACGUACCAUACCCCGAGUAAAUCGGCCCCUUCUGGGUGGUGAUGUUGCACAAUUUCGUUCACCACGGCGCCCAAGCACUCUUCAUAGCAGGAAAUCUGAGGCACAGGCGAGUGAGAACAGGCAGUCCAUGUCGCUCUCGCCAGAGAAAGACCGGUAUUACUCCACUAGGGGUUCCCCAUUUCAUUUUGAGGGGAAUGGUUUUGAUUUCAAUGGUGGAGUGGAAGAGAAGGGCACCACAGCUCUGCCAAGGUUCUUCAUCUCACUGUCCAACAAGGAGAAAGAGGAGGACUUCAUGGUAAUGAAGGGCUGCAAGCUUCCACAGAGGCCGAAGAAGAGGCCAAAGUUGAUGCAGAAGUCCUUGCUUAUGGUAUGCCCAGGAGCAUGGCUGUCAGACUUGUCACAUGAGAGGUAUGAAGUUAGAGAGAAGAAGAGUUCCAAAAAGCAGAGGGCUAGAGGACUGAAGGCUCUGUGCAUGGAGAGUGAUUCAGAGUAGAGAUUGAGGAGGGGGUCAAUUUUUUUUGACUUGUGCUGGAGGCAGAAAGACAGCGGUACUUAAGUAGCAAUGGUGGCUCUUUAACUAGACAAACCUCAGCAGCUAAUUUAGCAGGGGGGAUCAGUGCCUGCGCCCCUCCCUUAUUCACCCAUGUUGUAUGUCCAUUAUCCCACCCCCUUUUUUUUGUCGAGACUCGAAAGAAAUUGUCACCUGGAACUAUUGCACAAUGACCAAAUCAGUAAUCUUAGAUUCUGCCUGAUCUAGUGAUCC